AAUUUUUUUAAAAACCGCAAACUCAUUCCCAUUAUCUUUUUGCUCAAAAGAAGGUGUCUAGAGAAAACAAUGAAGGCUUUUAAGAUUGUCUCAGGGCAGACCGCUCAACCUGCUACACCUCUACAAAUGCCUCCAGGUGUAAGCAACACUUCCUUCUCUUUUCCCCGGAAACGGAAAGAGACUAGGAAAGGCCCAGAACCCGAGUUUAGGGAUUCGUUUUCCUCAGGUUUCUUGAUGGGCGGGGCCGGCAGGCCGAAACCGACUGGCGGGCAGAGACGUCGCUCUCGGCUGACUACGCUUUCUAUUGGCUUUCCUGGACUCCGCCCAUGGACAGGGCGGGAGAUUCGGUGUGCCCAGGCAGGACCCCCAUCCCCCAGCCGUCCUCCCGGCUUCCCUCCUCGUCUCUGCGACUCUGAGACCCUGCGACCCUGCUCCGGCUGUGCUUAACAGGCAUCUGGCUUUUCCUGCUGGGGCCGUAGCCACCUCCCCUGGAGUGCCCAGUCAGCGGGGUACCGCCGGCAGGUGCUGGGCGGCCCGAGCGGCGCCUGGCGGAGACCUAGCGUUGAGUGGUGGGACGACUGGGCAGCCCGCUUCCCUCUCCCGCUUAACUCGGGGUUUGUGAGGUGAGUCCGGUGGCGUCCAGCUCCGCAGUCUGAGCUGGGGUACUCGUCUCGAAGAGGGCUCCCCCUCGGCUCUCCGGGCUGGGUCGUUGCCCUCCCCACGCAGCCCGAAGGCCCCGAGGACCCCCGGCGCGGCCAACUGGGGACUCUACCUGAAUUUUCCAGCUGCAGAAUGUGUAAUACCUUUAAAGGUUGGCAAUGAUGAGUAAACUGGAAUUAAAAGAAGACAAGAUGCUGGAGGUUCAAUUUGUGGGAGAUGAUGAUGUUCUUAAUCACAUUCUUGAUAGAGAAGGAGGAGCUAAAUUAAAAAAGGAGCGAGCUCAGCUUUUGGUCAACACAAAAAAAAUAAUAAAGAAGCCAGAAUAUGAUUUGGAAGAAGAUGACCAGGAAGUCUUAAAAGAUCAGAACUAUGUGGAAGUUUUAGGACAAGAUAUUCAAGAAUCUUUGAAAAAUGGCUCUGCUGCAGAUGGUGGGAAUAAAGUUUAUUCUUUUCAGAAUAGAAAACACUCUGAAAAGAUGGCUAAAUUAGCUUCAGAACUAGCAAAAACACCAAGAAAAAAUGUUUCAGUUAAUUUGAAGAAUGAUCCUGAAAUUAUGAUAAACAUUCCUCAAUGUAGCAAGGGACAUUCUGCUUCAGACAAAGUUCAGGUGAAGAACAACGAUAAAAGCGAAUUUCUAUCAACAGCACCUAGUGGUAUAAGGAAAAGAUUAAUAGUUCCAAGGUCUCAUUCUGACAGUGAAAGUGAAUAUUCUGCUUCCAACUCAGAAGAUGAUGAAGGAGUUGCACAAGAAUAUGAAGAGGACACUAAUGAAGUCAUAUUGAGCCAAAAGAUUCCAUCUCAGAAUAGAGUAGUUUCAGCUCCUGUUUGUAAAGGAACACCUUCUAAGAAAAUGAAAAGAGAUAAAACAAGUGAUUUAGUAGAAGAAUAUUUUGAAGCUCAUAGCAGUUCAAAAGUUUUAACCUCUGACAGAACACUACAGAAACUAAAGCGAGCUAAACUGGAUCAGCAAACUUUGCGUAACUUACUGAGCAAGGUUUCUCCUUCCUUUUCUGCUGAACUUAAACAACUAAAUCAACAGUAUGAACAAUUAUUUCAUAAAUGGAUGUUGCAGUUACGCCUGGGGUUCAACAUUGUGCUUUUUGGUUUGGGUUCUAAAAGAGAUUUACUAGAAAGGUUUCGAACCACUGUGCUGCAAGAUUCCAUUCAUGUUGUCAUCAAUGGCUUCUUUCCUGGAAUAAGUGUGAAAUCAAUCCUGAAUUCUAUAACAGAAGAAGUCCUCGAUCAUAUGGGUACUUUCCGCAGUGUACUGGAUCAGCUAGACUGGAUAGUAAACAAAUUUAAAGAAGAUUCUUCUUUAGAACUCUUCCUUCUCAUCCACAAUUUGGAUAGCCAAAUGUUGAGAGGAGACAAAAGCCAGCAAAUUAUUGGACAGUUGUCAUCUUUACGUAAUAUAUACCUUAUAGCAUCUAUUGAUCACCUCAAUGCUCCUCUCAUGUGGGAUCAUGCAAAGCAGAGUCUUUAUAACUGGCUCUGGUAUGAAACUACUACAUAUAGUCCUUAUACUGAAGAAACUUCCUAUGAGAAUUCUCUUCUGGUUAAACAAUCUGGAUCAUUACCACUGAGUUCUCUAACUCAUGUCUUACGAAGCCUUACCCCUAAUGCAAGGGGGAUCUUCAGGCUACUAAUAAAGUAUCAACUGGAUAACCAGGAUAACCCUUCUUACAUUGGACUUUCUUUUCAAGAUUUUUACCAACAGUGUCGAGAGGCAUUCCUGGUCAAUAGUGAUCUGACACUUCGGGCCCAGCUAACUGAAUUUAGGGACCACAAGCUUAUAAGAACAAAGAAGGGAACUGAUGGAGUAGAAUAUUUGUUAAUUCCUGUGGACAAUGGAACAUUGACCGAUUUCCUGGAAAAGGAAGAAGAAGAGUCUUGAAGCUGCCCUUUACUCUUAUUCUGUAGAAGGGUUGUUGGACCCCAGCUGCCACUCCUCUAAAGUGUUGUGUUUACAUCUAACAUUAGACUCUUUUUUCCAGUGUAUAAGACUUAAAAUUAGGAGGGGGAAUGUCAUCGAUUAGAACCUUGAUUAGCCUGGCUGGUGUACCAUCUCUAGUACUAUGCAGUGGUCCUCAAGUAGGAGAAAACGUGCCUUUCAUUCAUUACCUCUCUGGAGACUUCAUGCUGGAAUGAACAGUGUGCUCAGGGACUAUUUGGAGCUGGUUGUUUUUGAAUUCUUUUAUACUAGAGAUGAUAUUAUUCCUAAUUUUUUGAGGGCCUUUUAAACACCCCCCAGAGCUGAUUGUUUGCAAAUGUGUUUAUUCUAGAGUAUGGAAGUACAAAAACAUUGGCAUCACAUAAAUCUACUUUAUUUGCUCUUCUGUCAGAGCUGAUGAGUAUAAAGGAGAAGGCAGAUCAUCUCCCUGUUCUUGAAAGGCUUAACAAAAGGUGUGUAAGACUGGGGAAGAGUAGGUGAUGUCGCUUUCUCCUUUUGGAUUUAGAUUACAUGCUGGUGGGGGUAGGGAGGAAGAGGGCAUGACACUAUUUCGUUGGGACAGUGGGAAAAGCAUAAUGAGUAUAUAAGAUGUGUACCCACCUUAGAAAGCACAUGAACAAUAAUCAUGGUACUUGGAACAAUUAAUAUCUGUGCCAUCAUCCUCAUGACACAAGUGAGAAGCCAGGCUACAGAAACACAAUCCUGAAUUACAUUUUAGUCAUUGUUUUCAAGAAGACAGAAAAUAAAAAUUCAGUUAUUCUUCUAUUGACAUUUUUUUCUUCAGUAACAUGCAAAUGAGUAGCAUAUAAAUGGCUGCUUUAAUCUUGAUUUCUCUAUCAAGUAGACCUAAAACUCACUGUAAGACUUUUCAGUUUUUUUCUUAAAGUAAUAAUUUCAAGCCUUCGAAAUAUUUACACAAGUCUUUUUCCUUAGGAAAGAGAAAAAGGCUAACCUUGGCCACUGGUCGGCUUGUAGUCUUCACAUACUCCCUUAAAAUUAUUUCAUACUUGAAAAAAAAUUCUUCAUUGAAAUACCACUGUAAUAAGAUAGGAGUGAAAAAUGCUGAUGCAGUACAUACUUUAACUUGUAAACCCCUUUCAUGAAAAUAUUUCCCUAAAUGCUCAGAGUUGGAAGUCAUUUAUUUGUGCCAUCUAAUUAAUUUUGUUAAAUCCACAUGAGAGUUUAGUCUUAAAUAUAAUCAAAAUAUUUAAACAAAUCUGUACAUGAAUUUGAUUCUAAAAAUUUUUGUCACCGAAGGAUAUUCAAUGAAAAGUGAGUUUUCCUUCCAGUCCCUAUGCCAACCAGUGAUAGGAGUUUAUUCCUCCAGAGGUAUUCUAUGCACAUGGAAGAAUAUGUCUAUAUCUCCUUUUAAAAACACAAAUGGUAGCAUAUGAUUCGUACUGGUUUGCACCUUGCUUUUUUUUGCUUAAUGUCUAGUUUAUAACUUAUAGUAUUAUAAAGUAUAUAAAAUCUUUAAUGACCUAAUAUGCAAGUUUUGCAUUUGCCCUUAAAUAUCUACUGGUUUAUUUUUAUAGUUUUUGUGUCCAUACUACUUGCAAGCAGUUAUGUGUCAAUAGUCUAUUAAUAAAUAAAAAGCCAAUUUGGAUAGAA